AUGCUGUGUCAGGCACUUUGCAGAUUUGGCCAAAAGCUGAUACACAGAUGUAAGCUGGAACAACCAGUGGCUGAGGAUGACCCACAGAGAAUACUGAGAACUCUGGAUUUAGUGGCCCUGGGUGUGGACCGCACAGUGAGUGUACGUGUGUAUGUCCUGGCUGGUGAGUUGGUCAGCAAUCAAGCAGGACCAUCCUUUGUGAUCUGCUUUUUGGUGGUCGGCCUAUCUUUUGUGUUGGUUGGGCUGUGCUAUGCAGAGUUUGGUGCCAGAGUUCCCCAUUCUGGAUCUGGAUAUCUUUGCACCUAUGUCACUAUAGGUGAGCUCUGGGCUUUCAUCAGUUGCCGGAGCACCAUUCUUUACAUUUUUUUUUCUGGCAUAGUCAUUGUGGCCUGGGCCUGGACCUUAGCAUUUGUGAACCUGCUUAGGAACCAGAUCUCUUAGACCCUGUGUGAGAGCAUUGAACCACAUGUUCCCCAGGUCCUUGUAGAAUAUCCGGAAGACUUUGUUGUGGGUCUUAUGUUCUUCCUCAUAGACUUUUUGACUGUGAGGAUUGGUCAGAUUUUCCUGGUUGUCAAAGUGUUCGCUUUGGUAAAAAUUUUAAUGCUCAGUUUUGUAAUAAUCUCUGGCUUCAUUAAGGGGGACCUACACAACUGGAAGCUGAAACAAGAUGACUACAUAAAGGCUGGACUCAAUGACACCUCUAGCUUGGGCCCUCUGGGCUCUGGAAGAUUUGUGCCUUUUGGCUUUGAGGGGAUUCUCCGUGGAGGAGCUAACUGUUUCUAUGCAUUCAUAGGUUUUGCUGUUAUUGUUACCAGAGUUGAAGAAGCCCAGAAUCCCCAGCAUUCCAUCCCCAUGGGCAUUGUGAUUUCACAGUUCAUCUGCUUUUUGGUGUAUUUUGGUGUCUCUUUGGCACUUACACUUAUGGUGCCUUACUACAAGUUUCAACCUGGGAGCACCUUGCCUGAGGCAUUUCUCCUUACUGACUGUACCCCUGCCUACUAUGUUGUAAAUUUGGGAUUCCUCUGUAGUCUUUCUUUCAGCAUCUUUGCCUUUAUGAUCCCCAUGUGUUCAGUGGUAUAUCAGAUGGCACAGGAUGGUGUCCUGUUCUCUUUCCUUAAAAGAAUCCAAACCAGCACGUACACCUGCAUUGUGACCACUGUGAUCUUGAGCAUUAUUGCAGCCAUCAUGGCAUUUUUCUUUGGACUCACUGAUCUCUUGGACCUCAGGUUACUUGGGUCCUUGCUAGCUUACUCCCUGGUAGCUCUUAGUGUUCUCAUCGUUAGGUAUCAUCCUGAGGUGAAGAAAGGGGGAAAUGAAGCAGAGGUGCAGGAGGAGAAUGGACCUGCAGCAGAGAAGCUGACUCUACAGGGACUACUUUUUCCAGGCAGCUCCACCCCCACUCCACUCUCUGGCCAGGUUGUCUAUGUUUGCUCCUCACUGUUUGUUCUGCUGCUCACUCUUCUUUGCCUGGUGCUGGCCCAGUGGACAGUUCUGCUUUCUGGAGACCCAGUGUGGAUUUCAGUGGUUGUGGUGCUCCUGGUGCUCAUCACUGGGCUCACUGGGGUCAUCUGGAGACAGCCUCAGAGCUCUAGUCCCCUUUACUUUAAGGUCCCUGCUCUGCCUCUGCUCCCACUACUGAGCAUCUUCAUGAAUGUUUGCCUUAUGGUGCAGAUGACAGCUGCCACCUGGGCCCUAUUUGCUGUCUGGAUGUUGAUUGGGUUUGCUAUCUACUUUGCCUAUGGGAUCCAGCACAGCCUGGUCACCUAA